AUGUUCCCCAAGAUGCUUCGCUUGAUCUCGCACCGAAAACGUUAUCCAAUCCGCCCCAGCACAGGCACCAUGACAUACGACCGCCCUGCACCAACCACUGAUGGAUCAGCUCUGUUGUCCACGUUUGAUGCCUUGAGCAAGUCCGGCCUUGUUCUCUACGAUGAAAACCAGAAGAUUGUAGAACAUACGGAUGGAGACCUUAAGUUUCAUUUUGUUCUCACCAAAGCUCUUAUCAAGAAGCCGACUUUAUCCACGCCAGAACAGUCAUCUGCAUCUGCAUUCGGCAACGGCGUAUCAAAUCAACUCCUCCCUGGCAGCGAUAUCGAUACAAAUGGCUUCGAGAUGGGUAAGAGCGAGAGCAGCACUCACUUCCUUGUCGCCAACAAAUUUUGCUUCUCACGACCUCACCUCAUGAUGCUCACUCGCGAUGGGUAUCGCAGGCAAUACGAGCCAUUGAACCAGAUCGACUUUGAAGCUACGUGGGGCACUUUGGCCUCCUUGAAUAAUGAAACGACAGACUACGUUGUGUUCUUCAACUGCGGCAAAGAUGGCGGGUGCAGCCGACUACACAAGCAUGUACAAUUGAUGCCUCUUCCCGCUAGUGGAUUUGCAGUCGACUUUCUCAAUUCAGACAGUAAAAAGGAACCAAAAGUACCUUUCGAAUGGUUCUACCACAGAUUUCAAGACAGUGCCACUGCAGCUGCGAAAGCGACCGAGAUUUACCUCCAGCUUCUUCACCAGGCGGCGGAAGCAUGGAUGGCUAGCACAGGAAAGGAUGUACCAGAUGGACAGGCGUGUCCCCACAACGUGGCUUUCACAUCUCGCUGGAUAGUGGUUAUUCCUCGUCGUAAAGCGGCUAUCAACAAGGAGGCCGGCGUCAAUUCUUUGGGUAUGUUGGGGGUAAUCGCCGUGGCGACCGAGAAAGAGAUUCAGAACUGGGCUAAGCUUGGUCUGACAAAUUCGCUCAGAGAACUUGGAGUUCCGAAGAAUUUCGAUGAAAUGCAAGGAAAGUAA